UGGGCGUCUGAAGGCUGAGGUGUUGGCUUGUCCAUCUCUUGAUGUGAUUUGGGGGAGCUAUCCACAUUGUCAGAGAAAACACACUGAGAAGAAGCACGACUCCAAUCCCCGUCAUUCCCUCGGGGUCCCCCAACCUCCCCCAGCCUCCAGAGAGCAGAGCGCGAAGGGGCGCGGCAGCCCGGACCAGCCCACAGCUACACGCAGACUCGCCAGUGCCCUGCCGUCGCAGCUGCAGCCUGCUUGAGAUGGGGCAGUGGCGGAGGCACAGGGACUCCACUAGGAACCUGGCUUACUAGUUCCCAGGUCUGGGUGCCUGCAACUGCGGUGAGCAGCUCAUAACCAGCGCGGGUCUACGGUGACAGUGCAGCGGAGGGAGGCUGGGUGCAGGCUCAAGCCGGGACCCGGGACACACGAGCCAUGACGGACGCCAGCCACAAGAAGGAGGGCUUCAAGAAAUGUAGAAGCGCCACUUUCAGCAUCGAUGGGUACAGCUUCACCAUCGUUGCAAAUGAAGCAGGAGAUAAGAACGCCAGACCACUUGCCCGCUUCUCUCGCUCUAAGUCACAGAACUGUCUGUGGAACUCCCUCAUUGAUGGGCUCACCGGGAAUGUCAAGGAGAAGCCACGGCCAACAAUUGUCCAGGACACCCGACCCCCAGAAGAAAUUCUGGCAGAUGAAUUGCCACAGCUGGAUAGCCCAGAAGCUUUGGUGAAGACAUCCUUCAGGUUACGGUCCUUGGUCAAGCAAUUAGAGCGAGGGGAGGCCUCUGUGGUAGAUCUUAAGAAGAAUCUGGAAUAUGCAGCCACAGUGCUUGAAUCUGUCUAUAUUGAUGAAACAAGGCGACUUCUGGACACAGAGGACGAGCUUAGUGACAUUCAGUCAGAUGCUGUGCCUUCUGAGGUCCGAGACUGGCUGGCCUCCACCUUCACAAGGCAGAUGGGCAUGAUGCUUAGGAGGAGCGAUGAGAAGCCCAGGUUCAAGAGCAUCGUCCAUGCAGUGCAAGCUGGGAUAUUUGUGGAGAGAAUGUAUAGACGGACAUCAAACAUGGUUGGGUUGAGCUAUCCACCAGCUGUUAUUGAUGCAUUAAAGGAUGUGGACAAGUGGUCCUUCGAUGUCUUUUCCCUCAAUGAAGCCAGUGGAGAUCAUGCAUUGAAAUUUAUUUUCUAUGAAUUACUCACACGCUAUGACCUGAUCAGCCGUUUUAAGAUCCCCAUUUCUGCACUUGUCUCAUUUGUGGAGGCCCUGGAAGUGGGGUACAGCAAGCACAAAAAUCCUUACCAUAACCUGAUGCAUGCCGCCGACGUCACCCAGACUGUACAUUACCUCCUCUAUAAGACAGGAGUAGCAAACUGGCUGACAGAGCUGGAGAUCUUUGCAAUAAUCUUCUCGGCUGCCAUCCACGACUAUGAACAUACUGGAACUACCAACAAUUUCCACAUUCAGACUCGGUCAGAUCCAGCUAUUCUGUACAAUGACAGGUCUGUCCUGGAGAAUCACCACUUGAGUGCAGCCUAUCGCCUUCUGCAGGAAGAUGAGGAGAUGAAUAUUCUGGUCAACCUCUCAAAGGAUGACUGGAGGGAGUUUCGAACAUUGGUAAUUGAGAUGGUAAUGGCCACAGAUAUGUCCUGUCACUUCCAGCAGAUCAAAGCCAUGAAGACAGCUCUGCAGCAGCCAGAAGCAAUUGAGAAGCCUAAAGCCUUAUCCCUGAUGCUGCACACAGCAGACAUCAGCCAUCCUGCAAAAGCAUGGGACCUGCACCACCGCUGGACCAUGUCUCUCCUGGAGGAGUUCUUCAGACAGGGUGACAGAGAAGCAGAGCUGGGGCUGCCAUUUUCUCCUCUGUGUGACAGAAAAUCAACCAUGGUUGCUCAGUCACAAGUGGGUUUUAUUGACUUCAUUGUGGAGCCCACCUUCACUGUGCUCACGGAUAUGACUGAAAAGAUUGUGAGUCCAUUAAUUGAUGAAAGUUCCCAGCCUGGUGGCACAGGCCAGAGGCGCUCAAGUCUGAACAGCAUCAACUCGUCGGAUGCAAAGCGAUCGGGCGUCAAGAGUUCUGGCUCCGAAGGAAGCGCUCCCAUCAACAACUCUGUCAUUCCUGUCGACUAUAAGAGCUUUAAAGCCACUUGGACCGAGGUGGUGCACAUCAAUCGGGAGCGGUGGCGAGCCAAGGUGCCCAAAGAAGAGAAAGCCAAGAAGGAGGCUGAAGAGAAAGCUCGCCUGGCUGCUGAGGAAAAGCAGAAGGAAAUGGAAGCCAAAGGCCAAGCUGAAGAAGGGACAACCACCAAAGCUGAGAAAAAGACAUCCGGAGAAGCAAAGAGUCAAGUCAAUGCUACACGAACCAAAGGUGACAACCCUCGUGGGAAGAACCACAAAGCUGACAAGGCGGGAGAAAAGCAGCAGAAUGGUGACUUGAAAGAGGGUAAAAAUAAGGCCGACAAGAAGGAUCACUCCAACACCGGAAAUGAGUCAAAGAAAACAGAUGAUCCAGAAGAGUAGAAAAGACCUCACGUAGACUGAGGCUGCCAGUGUGUCUCCCGCCAUUUUAGCUGAGCUUCUCCAUUCUCCUUCUUCCACAAAGACUCAUAUCUGGGGAAGGCGCACAGCUUUCAAAACCAAGUCCCACACUUGAUCUUCUCUCAUACUGUCUCCUUCCAGGGGCUUUUGGGAGUUGGCUUGUGGUCUUAGAAUUCUGGGGGACUUACUUUUUUUUUCCUCCUGAAAACACAAAAAGCAUUUGGUUUGCUGUGUUUUGUUGGUUUUCAUUUUGUUUUUGCGACGACCCCACCCCGGGAGAAAUCAAACAUGAAAAGCCAUUUUACACUCCAUUACUAAUAAUUUGGCUUUCUGGACCUGGUGAAAAACUGACAUUCUGGAUGUGCUGAAUAAGGCAAGGAAAAGUCCCCCACACAGUGACCAGCCGUUUUGUUUUGUUAGUGCUGUUAACUUAGAAUGUUGCUUUUCACACUGGCUCCUGAUGGUGAAUAUAGCCAGGCUGGCCUUCAUCACAACUAAAGUGAAAUGCCAAUCUCUGGUCCCUUUUUCAGUUGAGAACAUGCAUUUUUCUCCAGUUUACUAAGACUUAAAAUUUGUUCUUG